AUGGCAUCGGCCCAGCCCGCACCCUCUGCGGCCGUCGAAGCCUCUGCGCCUGCCCAGGCCAAUGGCAAUGGCAAUGGCAAUGCCAACGGCACAGACAACAAGAGGCCUCACAAGCGGCCGAAUCCUGGCAACGGUGGCCACGGCAAGGCCAAGGAUUGGAAGCACAAGAAGACGAAGCGGGAAAAGAACAUCACCGAGGGCUCGUCCGAGGAUGUCUUGCGCCACGACAUCCAGGCCCUCUUGGAAUCCCGGAAAUCUUCAGAGCCCACGUCCAAUGAUGACAACACCGGCGAAACAACCGAUGAGCUUCUCCCCGAGGAAGGCACCGAGGCGGACGUCGAAGUUCUGGAGCUGUCCUCUACAGGUGACGGCCUAGCCAUGCGCCCCGGCUCCAAUCAAGUCUACGUCGUGCCCUUCGCCAUCCCCGGAGACACUGUCCGCGUCAAGGUCUUUCGCCACAUCCGCCGCGAGAACCAGACCGUAGCAGACUUCCUCUCCGUCGUCAAGCCCUCCCCGCUGCGCGACGACUCCCGCAUCCAGUGCAAGUACUUUGCCUCGUGCGGCGGCUGCCAGUUCCAGAUGCUCGAGUACCCGGAGCAGCUCCGCCUCAAGCGCCGCAUCGUGGAAAAGGCCUACCGCAACUUCUCCAACCUCCCCGCCGAGCUCGUGCCCACCAUCCAGCACACCAUCGGCAGCCCCCUGCAGUACGGCUACCGCACCAAGCUGACGCCGCACUUUGACGGCCCGCCCGGCUUCCGCCCCAGCAAGCGCGCCAAGAACCCCAAGAUUCCCUUCGAGUCUUGCCCGGACAUUGGCUUCAUGCAAAAGGGCAAGCGAAAGGUCCUGGACAUCGAAGACUGCCCUAUCGGCACCGACGCCGUGCGCCAGGGCAUGACCCGUGAGCGCGAGCGCAUGCAGCAAGAAUUCAAAAAGUACGAGCGCGGCGCAACCAUCCUGCUCCGCGAAAACACCCGCCGGUAUCCGAGCGGCGGCGACGAGGUGGCGCCCGAGCAGGGCCAGCUCCCUCCCUACACGGUCCGCACGGAAGGCGAGGGUUUCGUCGACGUCAAAUCCUGCGAGACAGACUCCAAGGCCACCACAACAGAGUAUAUUGGCGACCACAUCUUCACCAACCCCGCUGGCUCUUUCUUCCAGAACAACAACUCUAUCCUCCCCAAGUUCACCUCAUAUAUCAAGGAGCGCAUCCUGCCCCCCGCUUCCUCAUCAUCAUCUUCCACCGCCGCUGCCGCCUCGCCCAUCAAGUACCUCAUCGACGCAUACUCCGGCUCCGGGCUCUUCACCAUCACCCUCGCCUCCGUCUUCCAGCACUCGACCGGCAUCGACAUCGCCGCCGACUCCAUCGCCUCGGCCCGCAACAACGCCUCCCUCAACGGCCUCGGCGAGGACCGCUGCAAGUUCAUCGCUGCCGACGCCGGCCAGCUCUUCAAGAAUGUCGCCUACCCGCGCGACGAGACCGUCGUCGUCCUCGACCCACCGCGCAAGGGCUGCGACGCCGACUUCCUCGCUCAGCUGCGCAGGUUCGGCCCCAAGCGCGUCCUGUACGUGAGCUGCAACGUCCACACCCAGGCCAGGGACGUGGGAGUCCUCGUCCGCGGCGAGGGCGACGGCGCGAGGUACGAUAUUGAAAGCCUCGUCGGCUUUGACUUUUUCCCGCAGACGGGCCACGUCGAGGGCGUCGCCAUCCUGAAUAGGCACGACGGCGACGCAGAGCCGGCGCAAGAAGAGGCCGUGGAGCAAACAGAUUCAUGA